GGCUGCUUCAUGUCAUGAAAAUUGCUUUCCUUAUGGUGCUGAUAAUACUUUCGCUCUCAUUACCUACGUCUAUGUCGUCAUACCUGGAAAGAGUUAUGCGUGGUACACUUAAGAAGAUUAUGGCAUGCCCAGAAAAAGCAGAUUCAGAUGACAGCAACCAGUUUGUCGCCGCUUUCUCUCCAGCUAGGUAUAUGCAGUUGGUGGCAAUAGUCCGCAAAGAUUCACAAGAAUUUGGAUGUGGGUUCGAUAGUGGAGCUCCGUUUCAGCUUAGUGAUUCAAGAACGUGGAGCUUUUGCGACAUGGGUGUUUGUGCAUCAGAAGACUGCAAAUGCUUCAAAGAUUUUGCUGGGCCCAAAUGUAAUAAAUUCGUUGGGCGCUGCUGGCUUUUCUACUGUAAACGAAUUGGUUGUACGUUCUUGCUGCCAAGUUUGUUUUGCAGUUGCGAUCCUUCGUUAUAUGGCACUCCAGUUACGAGUAAAAUUUAUUUCUAUGAUCAUGGAAUAGAACAUAAUUAUAGGCCUCCGCCUUAUGGUUUUAUCACCACUUCUUACAUACAGAGUCAUAUGAUAAGAGAAACAGCAACUGGAACAUACGAAAUCAUUAGUGGGAAUUAUAUGAAGAAACCGAUCCUGAGUUAUGAAAGAAUACCAAUGGUUAAUGACGAUUAUGACAUCCUAAAAGAUGCAAGUGAUUUCAGUCUGAACAGGAAAAGCCAACAAGACAUUUAUAAGUAUCGUCAAAUGGAUUACGAUGACAAGAAAGGGAUAGAAAAUAACAACAGACCUCAACUCCUAAACGAAGCAAUAGAGAGUAGAAUGUGGAGUCAAAAUGAAGAUUUUGCUAAUGAAUUUGAUGAUGACAGUCCUGUCGUUAAAAACAUUGAAAAUAUUCCUUCCAGACGUAGAGGUUCGGAUAAUAAUUUUGACGAUGAAAGUUCAGAUAUUGAAAACAAUCUUUAUAAAAGUAGAACAUUGGAUGAUAAUUAUGCCGAUGAAAAUAUUGGUAUCGAAAAUGGCCCUUAUAAUGUAAAACAAUUACACGCAGAAACUGGCCAAGACGAUCAAGACGAAAUUAGAAGUUUAUACCACAGAAAUGAUCGUGCUGCACUUCCUGAUACUCUUCCAAACAACGCUUUCCUAAAACCUAGGGCUAAAUAUUGGAAUGAUGAAGACGAGACUGGUGACAUGCAUCCCGAAAUCUUUGUUCCAGAAUUCCCUAUAUCAAAUAGAGAACCUUUUGCUCUAGACAGAGAACCUGCUGAUACAAACAGCAAAAUUAACAAUCCGAGAUUACAAAAUGAAUACACCAAGUACUGGGAUAAAAAAAUAGUAAAUAACGAAGAGUACUACAGUCUUGGAGAUGAGAUGUACCCAAAAGAAAUAAAAGAAUCAUUUAGGGAUAGAGUAAGAGUACAGAGACCUUUUAGGAACAUGCUUGAAGAACGAGACCUGUCUGAUCAGAACUAUGAUCCAUCUCGUAUGUUACAAUACAGAAAACGAAAACAGCCAUUCACGAAGUUUAAUCAAAACCCUCGCAGUAUUAAUACUUUAAAAAUGUAUGAUGAUUUAGACAACGUUCAGUUCGAUCCACAGAUGAAAGCGGACGGAAGUAUUUUGUCAGACUCUAAGCAAGAAACCGGUUACGGAAUCGUAUUUGAUUCUGGAGUUCAGCUGAAAAAUCUUUCAAAGUAUCAUUCAUUUGUAAUCUAUGUUAUAAUAUUUUUAAUCUUUCAUUUUUUAGAAUAAAGUUUCUUAGACAAAA